AUGAAUACACUGUCACCGAAUGCGGAAAUCGAUUUGGACGCAGUUGUCCACUUGUCAUGCAAUUCAAAACUGAACAAGCUUACUAUAAUUUCUGAUAACUUGAAUCGUGCCAAGCGUACUCCAAUCGAAGCCAAUAAACAGGAGCCUCCAAAAGAAGAGUCAAAAGUUCAAGAGCCCGCAAAUGUUGAAGCAAAAACUAAUAUUGAGCCAGCUAAAGCACGAGACGGAAAGCUACUCAAUGUCGAUAGCGGCAAAGUUGAUGCACCAGUAAAAGAGACAGCGCCAGUGAACAAACAAGAACAAAAGGCAAAAGUUCCUGAUCUACCCGCUAAGCAGUCGAACAACGAAGAUGAAGCAGCUGUCUUUCCGGAUGUAGAUCCUGAGCCAAAAUCACCAAAUGUUGCUAAGGAAGAGAAGGUUGUUUCUGGGGGUAGCGGCGGCGGCGGUGGAGGCAGCAGCAACAGCGCCUUAGAAAAGACCAAAAGUGGCACCUGCCUAAACUGGAAUGCAUUCGAAAUGAAAAAGACUGGUCCGCCAACUGACCCAACGUACAGCUUCUCCUUUCAGAUGUUCGUCACCGAGCCACAAUUGCAGGGACUUUACACGCUGUACUUUCACAAUUGCCUAAACUACCAGGACAAACUGGAGGAUUCUGCUGGCGUGUACACUGCCAUCGAUCUGGACAUCUUCAUCGAAGAGCGCAAUCUGCACAAUUUCCUCUCAGCAGGCGAAGUUCCGCUGCCGCAGCUAUUUUUCGCCCUUUCUAUCAUCUUCUUCAUUCUGGGCAUCAUUUGGUUCUACUCUCUGCAGAAUAGGGCUAGCGAAACUUUUAAGAUCCACUACCUGAUGGGCGUGCUGGUCUUUGUGAAGGCUAUCUCACUUCUCUUUCAUGGCAUCAACUACUACUUCAUCGCCCGUGAUGGCACUCAGGUGGAAACCUGGGCCAUACUGUACUACAUUACGCACUUUCUAAAGGGUGCCCUCAUGUUUAUCACCAUUGUCCUCAUCGGCACCGGUUGGGCGUUUAUCAAACACAUCCUCUCUGAAAAAGACAAGAAGAUCUUUAUGAUUGUCAUUCCACUGCAAGUGCUGGCGAACAUUGCCGACAUUAUCACUGAGGAGAGUGAAGAGGGUGCCCUCAUUCACACUGUCUGGCGGGAAAUCUUCAUUCUCGUCGACAUAGUCUGCUGCGGAGCCAUUCUCUUUCCGGUCAUCUGGUCAAUUCGACACCUGCAGGAAGCUUCUCAGACAGACGGCAAGGCUGCAAUGAACUUGAAGAAGCUGCAGCUUUUCCGCCAAUUUUACGUCAUGAUAGUCGUGUACAUUUACUUUACGCGUAUCAUCGUAUACCUCGUGAAAAUCACCGUGCCUUUCAACUACAAUUGGCUAGACCAACUGUUUCAACAUGUCGCCACUUUGGUAUUCUUCAUCUUCACCGGAUAUCGCUUUCAGCCGGCCUCAUCCAACCCUUACUACCAGCUACUGCAGGAGGAAAUGGAAAUGGACGAGGAAGUGUAA